GUCACGUGGAUUAUUUAAUUGUCAAUUGUUUAGCGUCCUAGUUAUUAGGAGUCUGUUUUGUAGUGGUGUAGAACAUGGCUUUGUGUUUUACCAAGUCAAUAGGUGAUUUCUGCACGUUGCUGUUUUUUAGGGGUUAGUGGAGUACUUUCUUUUAUGCUGUUAACUGUCGUGUGUCAGCUCUUUAAGAAGAGCAUCUGAUGUAAAGUUUUUUUUUUAAGAGAAAAAAUGCAAUAAGAACAACGUAGUUCUUUGCAUACUGUGUAGCUUUCCUUCUUCCAAAAUUCUGUAACACUGGUAUCAGAGCCAAAUUGUGAGAAGAGUGAGUUUGAAAAAGGAGAGAUUGAACGUGAGAUACCUUUGUGAAAAGUCGCAGCAGCAACUUUUUCAAUGGCCACUGAUAAUUUCGUUCAGCCUGCCAUUCCUCGCUUUGAUGGUCAUUAUGAUCAUUGGAGCAUGCUGAUGGAGAAUUUCUUGCGGUCGAAAGAGUACUGGCAUGUCGUCGAUUCUGGAGUAGCAGAACCAGCGGCUGGAGUGGUGUUGACGGAUACACAAAAGGCUGACUUGGAUGCAUUGAAGCUGAAGGAUCUCAAAGCCAAGAACUACCUUUUUCAAGCUAUCGAUCGAUCAACCUUGGAGACAAUUCUUUGCAAAGACACCUCCAAGCAUAUUUGGGAUGCAAUGAAGAAAAAGUAUCAGGGGAACGCGAGGGCAAAGCGCGUGCAACUUCAAGGGCUUCGGAUACAAUUUGAGAAUUUACGCAUGAAAAUCGAUGAAUCUGUUACCGAUUACUUGUCGAGAACAAUGACGAUCGCUAACAAGAUGCGGAUUCAUGGCGAGAAGAUGGAGGACGUCACCAUCAUCGAGAAGAUUCUUCGAUCAAUGACACCGAAAUUUAAUUUCGUUGUUUGUUCUAUCGAAGAAUCUAAAGAUAUUGAUGAUCUUUCAAUUGAUGAGUUGCAGAGUUCUUUGCUGGUUCAUGAGCAAAAAUUUGUCCAGCAAGAUAAAGAGGAACAAGCAUUAAAGGCAGUAGCCCAUUCAAAAGGUCCUGAUCGUGGGAAAGGGAGAUGGAAGGAUAAAGAGUCAUAUCAUAAAUCAAAUGAGGAUCACGCUGUCGAUCCUAAAUGGAAAGCGAAAAACCGUGACAACAACUAUCCAAACGGCAACAAAUCGAAGUUCUUCGACAAGUCAAAUGUCGAAUAUUUGAAAACCAAUUUGCUUAGCAUUGGUCAAUUACAAGAGAAGGGAUAUGAGAUCUCUAUCAAAGAUGGAGUUUGUCGAAUUCAAGAUGAAAACUUGGGCUUAAUUGCUCAAGUCAACAUGACAACAAACCGGAUGUUUCCAUUCUUACGACGCCUUAUACGCCACAAAGCAAAAUGGCGUUGCGGAGAGGAAGAAUCGCACCAUCGUAAACAUGGUACGAACCAUUUUGGCAAGAAGCAAGUGUUCCAAGAAGUUUUUGGCCCGAAGUCUGUCAAUUGGAGCAUUCAUGUAUUGAACAAGAGCCCCACACUAGCUGUUCAAAAUAUGACGCCCGAAGAAGCUUGGAAUGGGCAAUGCACCAUGUGUCGAGCAUUUCGAAUUUUCGGUUGUAUAGCGUUUGCCCACGUACCAGAUCAGAAGAGGACCAAGCUUGAUGACAAAGGUGAAAAAUGCAUUUUUCUUGGUGUUAGUGAACAUUCAAAAGCAUACAAAUUGUAUAAUCCUAUCACCAAGACAAUUAUCAUCAGUCGUGAUGUAAUUUUUGAUGAAGAGAGGUUCUGGUUAUGGAACGAAAACAAAGUUGAACAGCAAAUACAAGCUGAUUUUGAUGGAGAGAAUCGAGAAAAAUUGCAGCAGCCUUUGGAGAAUGCAGAACCUGUAGAAAAUGAGCAACAACCAAGCAAUCAAUGA